AUGAAGAGCUGGCUAGGAGAGAAUGUUAUACCUUCUACGGCUGAAAUACAUGCUCAUAUUUCAAAUCUCACAAACACACAAGGAGUUUUGUCAAGUAAUUCAUUUCAAGCAUCUUCAUUAAAUGAUAAACAAAAGAUGGCUCAUGACAUUGUUGUUGAUUAUGUUAAAAUUAGAUUAAAUUGGGAAAAAAAUAAACAAGCACCUCCCCCAAACCCCUUGCGUCUCAUUCUAAUGGGCAAUCCAGGUACUGGAAAAAGCUGGACACUAAAAUGCAUUAUAAGCAGUGUAAUAAGCCUCUUACAAUCUAACCCUGAUUCAGAUGCACAGGUAAGCACUUGGACAGACAGAAUCAAACUUGCAGCUCCCACAGGAGCUGCAUCAAGUCAGAUGUACUUCAAGUCAGAGACUUUGCAUCGACUUUUUUGUAUACCUGUCCAUCUAAAUGAAAAAGAUUUGCGUCUGGAAGAAACAUCUGCCACAUAUUCCAGACUUUUGCUCAAUUUUGACCCCAAAAAAUUCUUUCUCCUCAUUGUUGAUGAGUUUUCCAUGCUGUCACGAGAGAUAUUUGCCUUUGUAACUGAACGACUGAUUCAGUGCAACAUUGAUCUCGACAAUAUUGGCAUUGUUCUUAUUGGGGACCCAGCACAGAUUCUUCCGAUUGCAGCUGAACCUCUCUGGAGCGCUCGUUCGUACACGCAUGAAAACAAAAAAUGCAGUUCCCUUUCUAUUAAUGGUUUGAUAAGGUUUAGACAGGUCUUCAAAUUUCCACCGUUACAAACAAUACCAAACUAUGACAAAUGGCAAUCCUUAACAUCGCCUAAAGAUCGUCUUUUAUCAGAUGAUAUUACUGCUUGUCGGAAAGAUCUGAUGCUGGGCCAAUUUGAUGCUGUGUUUUUGACUGAAGUCAAAAGAACAGAUGUUGAUCCCAUUAGUCAAUGUUUCACUGGAAAAGUGCUUGUCAAUAUGAGGUAUGGUAAAAAAUGCAGGGAAAAAGAAAUGCUAUUCCUUAGGAAAAACUGUGCAACAGAACGUGAUAUGAAGAUGGACGGGAAGUGGAACAGUGCACAUAUCAUCCAUGGGUAUCAUUUUCAUUCAAAAAACCAUGAAAAUAGGUCAACUGUUGAGUCUGAAAACGCAAAAGCUCUUCUCAGACAUCACAAAAUAACAGGAAAUCCGAUAAUGCGAAUCGACUCAAUACAUCGUCCAGCAGCAAAAGAAAACAAGCUGAGAGCAAUGUCUGCAAAAGAAUUUGAAGGUGCCCCACCCAGCUGGCACGCAUGCAGGGGAAUGAGAGUCAUGCUCUUACGUAACAUUGCUCCAAGUAUAGGUCUCUACAAUGGAUCAUUACAUACUUUGGUGGGACCAAUAUAUAACAGGGACAGCAUUGUUGCUUCUUUAACUAGUGCAGAUUUGAAAACAGGAGAAUUACAAAACUGCAUUACUACAAAACCAAUCGAUACAUGUGGAAAAGUACAGCAGAUUCCCCCAAAGAGUGUAUUGCUUUCUGUUGAUGAUGUUCCUUAUUGUAAGGAUACUGUUGAUGAGUUUCCUUCAGGCGUACACAUGACCUGUAAGUUUCAGGGUCCUAGUAACCCACCAGAAAUGCCUGAUUUUAUGGUAAUAGAAGCUUCCAAUUACUCAGGCCCAAAUAUUUUAAGAUUACCAGGAUGCGAAAAUUAUGUCCCAAUUCCUCCUGUUGAAAGUUACAAACAAAAAGCUGGGAAGACAAAGUCAAACAUACCCAUGAUUAGAAUCGCCUUGCCACUCGAAGGAGGAGAUGCAGCAACAAGUUUUAAAGGACAAGGAGCUAAUUUCCCAUUGGCUGAAGUUGAUCUGGAUGGCUGGUUUCAUGUGCCUGGCAUAUUCCUGGUUGCCAUUUCUAGGGUUAGAAGUCCCGCCCAUCUUCAUAUACGUACUUUUCCAAAUUACAUGGACCUUAAAGUACAAAGGCUUAAGGAAAAUGUUCUUGAUGCACAAGCAUUUGAAGAAGCCGUAAAAGUUAAGUCUGAACGCAUGUACCGACAUAAAAACUGUGGCGACCCAUUUUGGACUACUCAUUAUAAUGAUUUGGCAGACAGUAUCAUAGAUCAAGCUUUUGCAAAAAGGUUAAGUAUCAAAAAGGACAAAGAGGAACUGAUUCGCAUCGUGCAACUUAUGUUUAUAGACACCGAUACAAAUGUUAUUAUGAGAGUGCUUGAAAAGUUGAUCGAAACCCAGGAAUAUCUGGUAGCUGAAGCAGCACCACACAUAAGUCAAGAGGAUUAUGAAACCUUGACUAAUUACCAAAAGAACAAAUCUGUUAAACCAAAGGUUUUAAAAAGACAAUUUGACGAUAAGUUAUCUCUCGGAGGCCCAUCAUGUGACAUUAAGAAAAGGAAAUUACCAACCCCAAAACAAAAAUUGUCACCUCUUCAUCCCAUACCUAAUGAAAAUUUGCUGUCCCUAAAAACUCGACCUGAUAUUUCCAGACAAACAUUUAAAGGUUUGCAAAACAGUGGAAAUAAUGUGUGCUUUUUGAAUGCCCCAAUUAUAGCUCUUUGCCAUACCAGAAGUUUUGAUGCCUUCUUAAGGGAGUGUCAAUACUUGCACCAGCAAUGCUCUGGUUACCACCUUCAAAAUGAGAUUUGUCCUCUUUGUGCACUGAAUGAGGUUGUAAAUCGUGCCUAUCGGCAUCACAAUUUACCCCUAAGGGAUCUCCCUAAAAUGCCAAUUAUAAAACUAACAGAGUCCCUGCUCCCUGGUUGGCGCCUAGGAAUAGAACACGAUGCGGAUGAGUUCCUUGUUAAACUUUUUGACCGUCUUGAUCAAACAUACGAUUGCAAAAUUCACAAGGGAACUGUCAAAACUACAAAAACAUGUCAAAGUUGCAGUUCCUCAAAAAUCAAAGAACAAUUCCGAUCCCAAAGAAUCUUAAUCAAUCUUGUAGAUCUAGAAGAAACACAAAUACGUAUACAAGAGGGCAUUAACAAAUGGCUAAUGGAACAGAAAUUGCUUAAUUGUGAACAUUGUGGUGAAAAGUUACAUGAUGUCAAACGUGAAUUGGUCAGACCGCCCAGUCUCCUGAUAAUAAAUAUUCAUCGUAGUGCACAAAAGAGAAUCUCUCUUGAUAAUAACAUUUUUAUUAACAACGAGACCUAUGAGUUCAAAGCGUCUGUCAAUCAUCACCACCAACACUACACUACUGUUGGGUGUGUUGAUAAUAAUCACUAUAUUUUUUACAGUGAUGAGCGUGUUCAAUUGUGCCACGGAAAUUUAGAGGAAACAGAACAACAAAAUUUUUCAAUAAAUACAGUGAGAACACCACUUGAAGAAUGUGCCAUUGUUUUAAUCUAUGAACGACAAUUGCAUUUAUAACUUAAAAUUACAUCUGGGAAAUAAAUACCAUGUCUCUAAUGGAACAAAUUAUAUUCAGAAAACAUGAGUACAUGCAUGUAUGUAGGCACCUAACAUACAACUGCUAGGCACAUAUAAUCAAUUUUGUUUACAUAAAUCUGAUAUUACAGACAAAAUCAUGUUCACCAUCAUAUCAGAGAUUUACGUAUUAAAUGCAAAGAGAGCCUGCGACGCAAUGGACGAAUCAUCUUCGUCAAAUCUAUUUAACAUAUAAACAAAAAACAAAAUAUCUACAAACAUGUCAAACAAAUAUAAUCCCAAUAAAAAGGUUGUCGGAAUAAACAUAGGAAAUUUGUAUCAAAAUAUAAAUAGACUACUUAUAACCUGUAUCUUGUCAGCCCACUCUGACCCAUCAACAAUAGCCACGAGAGGUGUCGCCGAGCAGGGCAUAGAUGACAGGUCCCUCGACGCAGCGUCAUCGGCUUCUUGUCUAUUCGCCCUGCUCUGGCUGCAUCUGUUGAAAGGCACAUAAAAUCGACAAUUUUUACAUAAAUCUGAAAUUACCAUCGUCAAAUCUAUUUAACAAAUAAACAAAAAACAAAAUAUCUACAAACAUGUCAAGCAUAAAAAAUAUAAUCCCAAUAAAAAGGUUGUCGGAAUAAACAUAGGAAAUUUGUAUCAAAACAUAAAUAGACUACUAAUAACCUGUAUCUUGUCGGCCCACUCCGACCCAUCAACAAUAGCCACGAGAGGUGUCGCCGAGCAGGGCAUAGAUGACAGGUCCCUCGACGCAGCGUCAUCGGCUUCUUGUCUAUUCGCCCUGCUCUGGCUGCAUCUGUUGAAAGGCACAUAAAAUCGACAAUUUUUACAUAAAUCUGAAAUUACCAUCGUCAAAUCUAUUUAACAAAUAAACAAAAAACAAAAUAUCUACAAACAUGUCAAGCAUAAAAAAUAUAAUCCCAAUAAAAAGGUUGUCGGAAUAAACAUAGGAAAUUUGUAUCAAAACAUAAAUAGACUACUAAUAACCUGUAUCUUGUCGGCCCACUCCGACCCAUGAUUUCAAUCUUACUUUACUCUCAAUAUAUGCUGGAUAACGGAAAAGCAUCUUCAUGGGAUUGAAGGGUGAUGAGUUACAUGAAAGUUUAUGUUGUGUGUUAUGUAAAUAUAUACAUGUUUCAUUGGGUUUUUGUGCAUGUAAAUACUGUAAAAUUAAUGUUGUUUGUUAUGUAAAUAUACAUGAUGUUUAAAGGUUUGUGUUAGCAUUGGAUAUUAAUUAUUAAUAUAUUAUUGCAUGUAAAAUUGUAAAUACUGUUAGAUUAAUGUUGUUGUGUUUUGUAAAUAUAAUGUUCUCUAGUAAUUAGUUUUUAUGCUCUCCGAAAUAAAAUUUCGGCGGAGCAUAUAGUUGCCAGUUUGUCCUUCCUUCUGUCACACUUUUGUUACAUUUUCUCAUAGCACCUUUAAAACUUAACCAAUCUCUUUCUUAUAUUUCCAAUAUUUCUAUGAAAGUUAAUAACAAAUAAUUGUUUUCAUCAUCAGUAUAUGUUAAUCUGGCGAAACAUGAAUACAUUUAUUUAUUUUUUAUUAUUAAUACUUGUAAAACAAAUCUUUAUUAUGUUCAACUUCUUUAUUAAAUUCAUGUACAUGUAUGUAUGAAUAUAACACUGUAUUAUGUGAAUUUGGAAUAAGACAUCAAACUGCGAAUGGACAUCAUUUUGGUGAUUUUCUCAAACAAAACUAUUCAUUUCAUGAUCUACAUAUAUUUUGUAAUACAUUAUCUAUAAUUUAAGCUUAAUAAGAAAUUUUCCAUGACUUUCAUUAACAGUGAUUGAAUUUGUAUCAUUUAAAGUGUAUUUUGAAACCGUGUGCAUGCGCGGCAUGGACACAGUAUCAUUUCAUGAGUUUUUUUUUUUUAUUAAUAAGAAAUCCAGUUUUGAAGUAUAAUCAAUUUUAAUGAUGCUAUUAUAUAUGCAAGUAUAUGUUUUAAGUAUAAUUUGUAAAACUAAAAAAAUGCAACAUAUAAAACUGCAUAUUAUGCACUUUUGAUAAAACACAAUUUAUUCCCAAAUUGAUGUCUUAUUCCCAAUUCACAUAAUACAGUGUUAGAUGAUCUUUACGCGAUCAAUAUGAUGUUUAAAUAUUCUUAUUUGUUCUCACAUUGACUUAAUGCUUUGUAUAACUAUUUUGUAAAUGACAAAAAACUGUAAAGUUUACGUCAAUAAAACAAUCUGUGUGUCUGUCUUAUUUGGCAUGUAAAUACCUUGCAUGGACCUCUACCUUAUGAUGAGGUUUGAGGUCAAUGGGGUCAAUGUCACUGAGGCUAAUAAUAGAUUCUAAUGUCUCACUUUUUUUACAGUUUGUCAUAGCACCUUCAAUAACUAACCGAUCUCCUUCAUAUUUGGCACGUAUGUACCUUGCAUGGACCUCUACCUUUUGAUUAGGUUUGAAGUUACUGGGGUCAAGGUCACUGAGGCUUAUAAUAGAUUUUUCUGUCACUCUUUUGUUACAGUUUCUUAACAGAUCUCUUUCAUAUUUGGCAUGAAGGUACAUUGCAUGGACCUCUACCUUAUGAAUAGGUUUGAGGUCAUUGGGGUUAAGGUCAUUGAGGCUAAUAAUAGAUUCUUCUGUCACACGUUUGUAACAGUUUCUCAUAGCACCUUCAAUUCUUUACUGAUCUCUUUCAUAUUUGGCAUGUAGGUACCUUGCAUGGACCUCUACCUUUUGAUGAGGUCACUAGGGUCAAGGUCACCAAGGCUUAUAAUAGUUUUUUUAGGUGGUUUUUAACACAUAGAUUGACAAAGCCCGUCAUCGGGGAGCAUCCAUCAGUUUCACUGAUUUUCUUGUUUUUAAGGCUUUUGUCAGUUGAUAUUCUUAAUUUUAAGUAAAAUAGCAUUUGCAAGCAAUAUCAGAAAUGGAAUAAUUCUUUGACCGUGAAAUAAAAUUGUAUAACUGAGCAAUUGUUAAAUUGCUAAUAACAUUUACAGGGUGCAGCAUCAACGGGGUUCAAAAUAAUGUUGUGGUUACGGUUCCCCAACGGGGCCUAUUAUUUUGCUGCGACCCUACAUCAUUAUAUUCAAAAUUAAAAGCCAAAAUAAAAAAAAUCGCGAUAAAAUUUAAACUGUACUGGAGGAACGUUUUUUAGCCACAUCAACAUUUUUAACGGAGUGCGAUUUUUAUGCACGCACCGUUAGCAUCAUCGGCGAGGCACUUUAUGUAUUAAAUGCAUAGAGCGUCUGUGUUGCAAUGGAGAAAUCAUCUUUUUUGUCAAUGUUAUUUAAUGUUUUACGUAAAUAGUAGUGCUGUGCCUCCGAACACAAGUGACACUCGGAUUUUUUGUAGUGCUGUGCCUCCGAACACACGUGACACUCGGAUUUUUUUAAAGUGCUGUGCCUCCGAACACAUGUGACACUCGGAUUUUUUUAAAGUGCUGUGCGUCCGAACACAUGUGACACUCGAAAUUUUUUUUAAGUGCUGUGCCUCCGAACACAAGUGACACUCGGAUUUUUAAACUACAAAUGGGAGAAGAAGCCCGAUAAGGUGAUAUAAGCUGAGCCUAGGAACAUUGAAUCGGAUGGCGCCUGUUGAUACCCCUGCCACUGAGCAGCUAAUACGAGUUAUAACUAUAAUUAAAUGCAUCGAUUUGAUUACCAUGCCAAUCCUACUAAAUUCGAUUUAAUUCUUUAAUAUAUAGCCAUAGAUAGUAGAGUGCCCUGUACUCUGACUAUUUGAUACAGAAAGGUCAAUGUUUUAUCUUUACCUGAAAUAACAACGCGCGAUUUGGUUAAUUAUUACUUUGGUCAUCCAAUCAAUAAGCGGGUAAAAGUCUACUUUCGGACAAAGAGUAAAAAUGGCUGAAAAAGUUGUGGCCGAAAAAUUGUAAUAAUCGAUGCGCCUAUGAAGCUAAAAUAAAAAGUGUGACGGUAUUUUGGGUUUCGGGAUGGUAGCCCUCCCUAUAAAAUUACAUGUAAACUUUGCUUCACGGACCUGAUUUACUCUAUUUUUAGCUUACCUGUCACAAAGUUACAUGGUGAGCUCACAGUACAGGCAAUAUGUACUUUGACAAAAACGCGUGUCCACGGUGUUCAAUUGUCCCAAUGGGUGACAUUUUGGGGGGGGGGGGCGGACACACUACUGACCGCGGUGUUCAGCGAACACCUGAAAUUGCCGCGAUUGCACGCUAUCGUAAACAGGAACACCCGUGAUCACCGCGAUGCUGCGCAGCCACCGUAAACACCUGUCUGUGAGAGUCAUUCACACGUUUUAAAUGUACAUGUACAAAAUAAAAUCAUAUACUUUAUGUACAUGUUGAUAUUAUGUGCACAUUUUUUAUGUGUACUUAAACUCGGGCAGUACGUUAAGUCGGAAACUGAAACUAAGCGUUUAGAUAAUCAAUACUAUUAACUUUUAUGGUGUUAAUCAAUGCAAUUGCCCUUUUUGUUUUCACAAAAUUGGGUUUCAUUUUUCCCGAUUUCCAGAAAAUAACUUGUACAUGUUGCAUGAAAUCUAAAUAUAGCGUGUUACAGCGUGUUUGAUUUUUAUUUUAAUCAGAUGAAAUGUCAAUUCCAAAUAAUUCGCAAGCUACCCCGGUUCUUAGGAAGAAAUUCACUACGAAAAUUUAAAUCGAAAUUAAAAGAUCCCAAUGUUGUCUGCGCUACAAAGAUUUUGUGUCAAAAAUAAAUACACCCAUGCCAAUUUUUGCGCGCUUUUUAUGGUUCAGAACAAAGAAAAUGAAAAUAUCAUGGGCAUAUAUACAUGUAUUUAUUUGUGGCUACAAUUUGUAACAGAACAUGAACUCUACACAACGCGCACACUAGGCGUCAGGUGAUUUACGAAUGUUGCAAUACACCUGUUCUGAUUGGGCGCUUAUUACAUCAAAUCUUUAAAUAGAAACAUGCAGAAAUUCAUUUGAUAGUUUAGAGAUAUGGCGAAUGUUGUGAUUUUUGCGUUUCUAUCACACUUUUAUCUGUUUAAGCGAACACCGUAAAAUGAACACCGCAACGAGUGGCGUUUGUCAAAGUACACGUUGCCUGUACUGUAUGUGAUUGUUUGUUGUCUGGCGUCCGUGCGUGCGUCUCUCAACAGUUUGUGUGAACAGUAGAGGUCACAGUUUCAAUCCAGUCUUUAUAAAAUUUGGUCAAAAUGUUUAUCUUGAUGAAAUCUGGAUUGGGAUUGUUUUAGGGUUGUCUGGUAAAAAACUAGGUCACUAGGUCAAAAACUAGGUAACUAGGUCAAAUAAUAGAACAACCUUGUGUAAACAAUAGAGGUCACAGACAGACAAACAGACAGACAGACAGACAGACUUUUUUAUUCAAGACUUGCACAUUGUACAUCGUCUAAACACAUAUAUUUACAACUAAUAUGUCAACAUGUUUUCAUCAAAUAUGUAUGAAAUUAAGUCAGAAUGUUAUCUUGAUGAAAUCUGGGUUGGAUUGUAUUUGGGUCAUUUGGGGUCAAAAACUAGGUCACUAGGUCAAAUAAUAGAAAAACGUUGUGUAGGCAAUAGAGGUCACAGUUUUCAUAUAUAAUUCGAUGAGAAUGUUUAUUUUGAUGAAAUCUGGGUUGGGAUUGUAUUUGGGUCAUCUGGGGUCAAAAACUAGGUCACUAGGUCAAAUGAUAGAAAAACCUUGUGUAGACAAUACAGGUCACAGUUUUCAUCCAAUCUUUAUGAAAU